UUCUCUUCAGUUCGUCAAACCGGAGAUACAAUGGCUUUUGCUCGUUUAGCAAAUGCCUUGCUGCUUUCACAGCUUUCUCUGCUGCUGCUGCUAUGCGCCUCCACUCUAGUUUCUGCUGAUGCAACUCUGGCACAUUACCCGCCGGCUGAAGCACCCCCCCCCCCCCCCCCCCCCCCCCCCCCCAAGCCACCAGCUCAUCCACCGGUUAAGCCACCCACCACUCCUCCCCCGUCCCACCCACCUGUUAAACCACCGGCUCAUCCCCCUGUCAAACCACCAGCUCAUCCACCGGUUAAGCCACCCACCACUCCUCCCCCGUCCCACCCACCUGUUAAACCACCGGCUCAUCCCCCUGUCAAACCACCAGCUCAUCCACCUGUCAAACCGCCUGCUUAUCCACCGGUUAAACCACCCACCACUCCUCCCUCGUCCCACCCACCUGUUAAACCGCCCGCUUAUCCACCAGUUAAGCCGCCGACUUAUCCUCCUCUGAGGAAGUUGGUCGCUGUUCAGGGCGUUGUGUACUGCAAAUCUUGCAAGUACAGGGGGGUCGACACGCUUGUCGGAGCCUCUCCUCUUUCUGGAGCGGUGGUGAAGCUGCAAUGCAACGACGCAAAACAAAGUUUGGUGGAGCAAACCAAGACCGACAAGAACGGCUACUUCUUCUUCAUGCCGCCGAAGCUGAGGACUCUCACUGCCCACAAAUGCAAGGUGUUCUUAGUCUCUUCUCCACUCCCUAAAUGCGGCGUCCCCACCAACCUCCACGGCGGCGCCACCGGCGCUACCUUGAUCCCCGCCGUGAAGCCACCUGUUAAGAUUAAGAAGCAGCCUUUUGUACUCUUCAAUGUUGGACCCUUGGCCUUUGAACCCCACAAGAAAUUGCCAUGCCAUUACUAGAAAACACUAGACUGAUACUAGCCUAUGCUUUGUUUGGCUGCCAAUAGUAUUAGCAUGCUUUCAUGUUUGCAGACAAUAAAUAAAGAUGUGGGUUUGGCAGAUUUUUAAUUACAUUAAUAAAAUCUAUGUGUAGUAUUUAAGUUAA